CCUAAAUGUAAAGCGAAUAAUUAGAGCAAAAACGUUCAAAUGAAGAACCCUAAGUAAAAAGGAAAAACAUUUCUAGAUGACCUUCAUAUGUUCCUUUUCAUGGGGAAAUCACUUCCAUCUACGAGCAGAUUGAGCAAGAUCUUCGCAUCCGACGAGUUUACGAAUCCAAAAGGCGUCAAGAAUAUAGCUCGAAUUAGUAGGGUUACGCCGUCGCCUCAACCCGACAAAUUGAGAGGAACCCGGUUGGAGUUGAAAAGAGAAAUGGAGGAGGGUGCGAACUCCAAUUCGAAGGACAGUAUCCCAAAUCGAUUUCCGUUGGCAGUGGUAGUUUCCGAAUGCGCUAAACGCUGGUUUAUGGACACUCUUAAAGAAGCCAGAGCCGGCGAUACUGCCAUGCAAAUGUUGGUGGGUCAGAUGUAUUCCAGCGGUUAUGGAGUCCAGAAAGACGCUCGGAAGGGACGCGCUUGGAUGGACGAGGCAUGUAAAAACCAAUCAUUUGCUUGUGAAGUGAGUGAUAAACCUCAAGGUUGCAAUGCUAGUGAUUCAAAGGGAAUAGAUGAUGUUCCAAAGGGAAGAUAGAAUAUAGUUAACAAGCGUUAUCACCAAGGAAUUUUUGGAAGUUGGUUGAGUAUGAUUUUGGUAAUUUAUCAUUCCAUACUUAAGAAUGACUUGUAUAUAUAUAUAUAUGCUUUGGAUUUGUGAUUAAUGAGUAUGUUCGAAAUC